AAAAGGGGGGUUUACAUGUAAACAAAAGUUUACAUGUAAACAAAACAAGCCAAACAAUGAAACAGUAAAAAAAAAAAAACAAUAGGCCUAUCGACCAAAAUCAAAUAAUGCUAUGACUUGACAAAUAAAUUAAGUAUUUCCUGCUGUAGUGAUAAAACAAACAUUCAGUAAUAGUAUACUGAGAAAUCAACUCGAAAUUAAGAAAUCAUCAUGUCGAAACGUGUAUGAAUAGAUAAUAAAAACACCACCAGUUUAGUAAUUAAACAUUGACUUAGUUUUUGGUUUAUUGAUUUUUUUUUUAUUAUUAUUUUUUUUAAUAAAAGCUUCAAUUUUGCCAAAGAUUUUUUUUUUUUUUUUUUUUUUUUUUUUUUUAAUCAAAGCUGUAAAGCAAGCUUACUUUCAUGUUCACUACAACAGCAGCGGUAACCCCUCAGUAGCAUAUAUCUCGCGGUAACUGCAUAGGGAAUUUCCGCAGUGACCACUAGAGGUCGUAGUGUUCUGUGUGGCUGUUCAAGACUUGUGUAUUAUGUGAUGUAUGAUAGUUAUAAAACGUUAAACCUAAAGAUGUUCCCAAUAAAUCUAAAAUGUUAUGGUGUUCUAGUAACUAGCUACUGUAAAAGUUAUAGCAAAGAUUCAGUCAGAUCAUGAUCGGUGAAGUGGAUCGUUGUAUAUGAUCCUUUAAUGCAGUAGAAUUCAACUGCGUAAUUCUGCCUAUAAAGGCCGUUGGUCCUAGUGAAGGUCAAUCGAUGCAACUGUAUCUCCACAGAAUGACUCCCAGGACAGGAUCUGCUCAACACAAAUGCAAAGAGGCUACAAGAGACAGUUUACAUGCUGACUGGGAUAUGAGGUUUGUGGUAGGUGUAAAAUAUUGGAAUAAUACAAAAUGUAUUUGUAGGAUAGUUCUAAAAUUCCAUUUAUUAAUUUAUCGACUUUACGAAUUAUGAAAUACAAAUUCCCCUUUGAAACCAAAACAAAGGUCUCAGGGUGAGUUCAUUGUUUUCAUGCCAAAGCUCUCCUUGGCAGAGUCUCCCUGGCAACAGGCUGUAAACUCAAAUCUGCUUCAGGCAAAGACGCAAUGAAGACAAAGGGUUGACCCUUAAAAGACAAGGACGUAAACACAGGAACUAAUUUAACUUCAUUUAACUCAAACAUUUCAAUCCAGAGAAGUACUGAGACAGAACACUGGAGCAUGAGUAAACAUGAAAGAAGCAGAUUUGUGGAGCAGCUGUUGAAGGAAGAGCUUGAGGCUGUGACUCUGGGGCUGGAGCAGGGAAUCUACUCCUGGGAAGAAAUUGACCUGCCUCAUGAUUCACAAGGCUGCACACCCCUUAUCAGUGCCUGCAGGAGGGGUCUUACUAGGGUGAUGCAUUUCCUUCUGGAAAGAGGAGCCGAUGCUACACUGUGUAACCAUAGCAACCAGACAGCUCUUCAUGUUAGUCAACCAGCACUCCAGGGGGAGCUGUUGAUGGCUAUGAUCAGAGACGUACCGCAUCAGAGGCAGCUCUCACUAGCAGCCUGGUGGGGAGAUCUCUGCUGUCUACAGGACCUGAUGGCCCGGACAGACUUGAUGGACUUAAAUAAACAGAACAGAGAUGGACUGACCCCACUGAUGCUGGCUGUAAGGGAUGUGGAUCUGUUUGAAGGGCUGGAGAUGCCAUGGGACUAUCAACCUGUGGAAGUGGUGAAGGAACUUAUGUCAGUUCCGGUUGACACGAAGAUCCUUGAUCGGAGAGGUUACACUGCUCUGUGGUACGUCUCUCAGAUCAAGAGCACCAAGAAGGAAGAUCUCUUUAGAAUAAUGGAGUCUUCAAUGCAAACCGAAACAGUAAUCACUUGUCUGGACAGCACUUGGCCAGCGAGUCCUGCUGUACCCUCCAGCUGCUCUCCUACAUGUGGCUGUUGCACACCAGUUUCAGAUGGGAUGAAGAAAGAAUCAGCUGAGAUUAUCAUUGCACAGAAGAACCAUGCAGACAUCCACCAAGAUAACAGGAUUUGCUUUGAGGGCUGUAUGGAGCCAAAGAUAGACAUCAGACAAGAUGGCAGAGAUGAGAGGAAACAAAGCAGUCGGACUUCAUCCCUACCCAGCCUAUGGAACAGCAGAAAAGACUGGGGCAAAAUAAGGCCUUUGCAUCCAUCACUCAGUUUGACUUCCUCCUCAAUACCUGUUCUUCCUGCUGCCCAUGUCACUCAGCUCAGCAAGUCUGCACCAAUGCUGAUGGACCCUCUUCUUGAUGCUAGUGUGCUGCUGCAAGCACGGGCUAACAUUCAUAACAGGCUUAGAGGUGUUGGCACAGGGGACGACAAUGACAGGCAAAAGACACCACCUACUCUCUGUUCAAGGACACCCAAGCAUCUUGCUCCGUUAGACAAUAAAUACACGGAUGGUUCUGCACGUUCAAGUCUUGAGCACCCACUGCUCUUAAAACAAAGCAGCAUUUUGCCCAUCUCAUCACAAUCCAGACGAAGAUUGGAAAGGAUCUCCAGCCAGUCUUUCAGAAGAUCCAGAGGCACCAGAGCAGGCAGUGAAGAAAGCAACUCCUGCAGCAGUAGUAGCCAAGAAGAGGACGAGACUGUGCCUCAAGAUGCACACAAGAUACAUGUGGGAUUAGAGAAGUCACUGAAUUUGGAAUUAGGGACCUAUUUGGAUUUUCAGGAUUUAGUCAGUUCUGUAAUUAACAAUACCACAAAAGAUAAAAACAAUGUAAUUUCAUACAACAGUAAAGGCUGUGCAGCUAUCGAAUCAUUGACUGUUAGGGAGGUUGAGGCUAAAACGAGAUGCAAGUCUUUCAAAACAACAAAGGAUCUUCAAGAAAAGUGUCCAACUAUGGACUGCUGCUCUGUUGCUGAAGGACACAACAGCAUAGUCAGAGAAAUACAACCUAUUGUCAGAGAAUCGUGUUUUAUCGCAGGUGAGAAGCACCUCACCACUGUGGAUAUUAGUGUAGUAGAACCAACUACACAUGAAAAGAACAAACCAGUUAAGAUAACCAAAGGAAAUGACAGGAAAGGUAAAACAUCUAUUCAGACAAAUCAGUCAUUCAAUGUUCUGGCACACAGAAAUCAAAGUACUGUUAAAACUACAAGGAACAGGAUAAAUUCACCAAUUCAAUCAAAGCUGCAGCUUAGAGAAAGUAAACCCACAAGCCUAGCAAUUGGAGGAGAGACUACUAACAAAUAUCUGCCAAGAGCACCUACAAUGGCUUGCAAAAAAACUGCAGAUGAAGCCUCAACAACAAGAAGAGUCUCUGAACCUUUUCAGCACAUGAGGUCAAGUGACGACAAGAAAGUAAGCAAUUACAGUCAAAAGCAAAUUCACAGAGAUCCGAGAAGUGCAAGAGCAUCUAAAAAGCCUGCAUCAGGAGCAGCACAGCGAGCAAGGUCUGCUGUCGAUUAUGUCACUUACAAUGACAUGUUUCUGAAGAUCAGUCAGGGAGAUGAAGGUCCAGCAAUCUAUGAAAUGUUUGCAACUCCAAUUUAUGAAAAUCUUAGAGUAGACAGUUCUGCAGAGAGAUCCAGACAGGUUCAUACAGCGCUUCAAGUUAAAAGACAGAUAAAUGGAAAACUGAGGGGCCAAAAAACAGUGGAGGUUAACCGAAGGAAGCAAGCUCAGUCUGAGAGAUCCAGUCGAGCUAAGUGCAGGCAUCUCAAGCGGAAGGAUAAUGUUACCAAAGGGAUGAAGAAACACCCACCUUCUUCAGAGAAUAAAUGCCAUGUCAUUGUAACUUCUGCUUGUGGAACUGUCCAGCAGAAGAAAUCUGAAAUGCCCAUCAUUAAGGGUGAUGGGAGGGAAAUUUCUAGCAUAGAAAGACAAUGUACCUCCAUACUAUCAGUGAUUGAAGAAGUACUUUCCAGCACUGUGCCCAAAACAAAUCUCAUUAAGGACAUAAUACAUCUAGAACAGACUCCAGUGGAUGCAGGUGUGAAAAGUGAACCUGAAAUAUCAUGUGUGAGCAGAUUGCCAACACAGCAGCCCCUGAUCAAUACCUGGACAAGUGACGGAAAGGUAUCACCCGUGUACCAGAGGUUUUUAGAUGAGGCCAGUGAUGGACCUCUCACAGAUGACCUGCUGCGGUCUUUGGCAGAGGAGUUGAUCUCACUCGAGAGAAGAGACGUUGAAACACUCAAGACUGAAAAGGAAGUUGGCAUAGAGUUUAAACAUAACUUGCCUUCAAAAUUUAAGACAUUUUUAAAUGAGGGUGUUUCCUCAGGUGAACUGCCUAACACUAUCAGAUCUUGCUCACAUGAUGCUAUCACAUGGACAAAAGGAGAGGUUCUAGGUAAAGGAGCUUAUGGGACAGUGUAUUGUGGGCUAACCAGUCAAGGUCAGCUGAUUGCAGUAAAACAGGUGGCACUGGACGCUUCAACUUCAGAGAUGGCAGAAAAAGAGUAUGAUCGCUUGGAGAGAGAGGUGGAUCUUCUUAAGAACCUUCAUCACACUAACAUUGUUGGUUUCUUGGGAACAGCUCUCUCUGAGAAUACUGUAAGCAUAUUCAUGGAGUAUGUUCCAGGUGGCUCCAUCUCAAAUAUCCUGAGCCGGUUUGGACCCUUGCCAGAGAAGGUCUUUGUUCUAUACACUCAACAGAUUCUGGAAGGUGUUGCCUAUCUUCACGGCAACAGGGUCAUCCAUAGAGAUCUGAAGGGGAACAACAUCAUGCUUAUGCCCACCGGAGUGAUCAAGCUAAUCGACUUUGGUUGUGCUCGUCGACUUAGCUGUCUUCAGACUUCAAAUGGAAGUAAGAGUGACCUUUUGAAGUCUGUGCAUGGUACCCCAUACUGGAUGGCACCAGAGGUGAUAAGUGAGACAGGUCAUGGACGAAAAUCAGACAUUUGGAGCAUUGGCUGCACUGUAUUUGAAAUGGCCACAGGGAAACCACCCCUUGCACACAUGAACAAGAUGGCAGCCCUUUUUUACAUUGGAGCUCGAAAGGGCUUAAUGCCUUCUCUGUCUGAUGACUUCUCUACACACGCAAAGCACUUUGUCCAGGCUUGCCUAACCAGAGAUCCAAGGCAACGACCGUCAGCAGAGGAACUGUUAAGACAUCCAUUCAUCUCUCAUGACAGCCAAGCCUGCAAUGGACCAGUGAACUGAAAACUUAUUCACCAAAUCAAAAAGUGACUUUUUAAAACAAUGAUACAAAAAAAAUUGACAUUGUGACUCAACAUAAUUUGACAUGGAGAAAAUAUAAUUUAUAAAAACACAUUGAAGACCUGUAAAUAGUCAUUUGACAAAUGUGCCAAUAUGUUUUUAACACAAAAGAUCAAAUACACAAAGACUGAGGUUAAGGUAGUGGAAACCAUGUAAUUUAUUAAAUCUAAAUAAAACUGGGAAAAGACAAAACAAAAACAACAAAAAAAAAAGUGCCAGGGUUUGCACUUGCCUUAUCCAACUGCAAUUCAGUGAUCAAAAGUAAAAUGACGGUUUGUACAAUGCUGGCCUCAUUUACCAAUAGCCUCUCACUAAAAGAAUCAAAAUCAAAAGAUCAAAACCAUUCAUCCUGUAUUCAGAAAUAAAUGUUGAGGGCGUGUGAAAGCCCAGAUCUCUUUGGGUCAGCACUGUGAUAAUGAAAUCAAUCUCCUUUUACCCA